UUUUUCCUUCAUUUAUCGACAAAGUUGCAAACUUGUACAUUGUUCCGUUCUCUGUAGGAAAUUGGAAAUUUUGCCUUUUAAACGUUUGCUAAUGGGUGAAGUCAGCACAUUGAAAAUGCAGCUGGGAACGCUCAUUUUCUUGUUUUACUUCAUAUUUCCCGCCUUUUUUGCCGAAGACGUGAGCUAUCAAGCCUGCGUGGAUAAGUACUCGAGGAAAGGCUACCAGCCUUGGCAGGAAUGGUCAGACCAUUAUACGUGCCAUCGAUACCGUUGUGAGAUCAGAGACGGGAAAUACUUCAUUGCCGCUGUUGGAUGUAGAAAACCGAAAAUACCUGAAAACGCAUUGGAAUGUCACGAAUACAUUGAAGAUGAAAAUGUAGAGUUCCCAACUUGCUGCGCCCGGUUAAGGUGCGUCGUUGAAGUCAAUGGCGAGAGAAUAGUUCAAACAAGAGGUCAACCUGGAGAACUAUUCCCUGAUAAGCCUUGGAAGGGCCAACAGAAUGAGCCUAACCCAGCAGUAGUUGGCAUGGGUGGCAUUCAGCAGAAUACAGUCGGAGGUGAGCCUCAGGGUCAGCCCGCACCUGGCAUCUUCAACAGUAGAGGAGCAGCGGAUGGCAACGAUAUUAAUGGACGGCGCUACGUAGAUCCGUACCCCAACCAACAGAUGCAAGAGUCACCAAGAAAGAAGAGAUCAACUGUCUACCCCCUGUUCGAUAGAACUAUCGGACGCGAACCCAGCUCAUACCAACCACACCAAGUCAAAAUACACGGAUACUCCCCUGAAAGAUACACUUCUUACUUUUCCACUAAUAACAAUCUUAAAAGCUUAACAAAUCCCAAAUUACGUCUCAAUAUUAUGGCUUAAUUGUGAAUAUUAAUUACUAUUGUUACUCUUGUACUAAUUGCACUUGUUUGACCAUCGUUUCUAUUAUUAUCUUUGUGUAACACUUCUUGUUAGUAGUUAAUAUUUAUAAUUAAUGCAACAAUUUAUUUUUAACCGUUGUUCCGUUUUUUUUUUGUUAUUGUUAUUAUGCAGUAGCAAUUUGUU